CCUGGCAUCUCAUCCAAAAUGGGCGACUGAUGGAGGAUCGCACUAUUUAUGGGAGGGAGAUCAGCCUGUGAUUGAGCUCGAGCCCCCUGCCCUUCUCAACGAUGAAGGUCACCGCGCCGUUCGCUGCACUCCUCGCACUGUGCACAGCUGCGUCGCAUGUCUCCGCCCAGACCUCCUAUCUCCUGGGACUGGGUGUCGCAGACAUCACUGGCCCCGUCGUCGAGACCAACAUGAUGGGAUACGCGUCUCUCGCUCAGACCGACACAGGUCUCCACCAGCGUCAACGCGCCCGCGCCUGGAUCGUCGGAGAGUCGGCAUCUGACACCGCUGCGUCCCGGAUCGUGUUCGUCAACGCAGACAUCGGAAUGGGGGACACGGGUAUUCGGAGGGCUAUCUUGGCAGAGCUGCAGACGGUCUACGGCGGUCUGUACACUGAGCAGAACGUCGCCAUCUCGAGCACCCACCAGCACUCUGGCGUCGGCGGAUACCUCGAGAACCUCCUCCCGCAGCUCACUGCCCUCGGUUUCGUAAAGCAGUCGUACGAUGCCAUCGUCACGGGUACCGUUUUGGCGAUCAAGCGCGCACAUGACUCUCUCGCACCGGGAUCCCUGACGCUGGGCAACACGACAGUGGUGGGCGGAAACAUUAAUCGCAGCCCGACGGCGUAUCUGGAGAACCCGGCCGACGAGCGGGCGAUGUACGAGGCGCAGGGCGGGGACCAGGACAAGUUCAUGAGCUUGCUCAACUUCGGCAGCAGGGGAUUCAUCAGCUGGUUCCCCGUCCACGGGACAAGCUUGUACGAGAACAAUACGCUCGUGAGCUCAGACAACAAAGGAAUGGCGGCAUACCUGUACGAGUCAUCCGUCGAGCCGAACGCAAUGCCCGGAAACCAGACCUUUAUUGCCGGCUUUGCGCAGGCAAACGUCGGAGACACGUCCCCCAACACCCUCGGCGCGUUCUGCGAGUCCCCCGGAAAGCCUUACGAUGGAAUGGCGUGCCAGGCCAACACGUCGACCUGCGGCGGAACGGUGGAAGAUUGCCAUGGACGCGGACCCGGGUUCAGACUCGAUUCUUACGGGUUCCACUCGAACUCGAUGAUUGCACAAGUGCAGGCGGACGCGGCGAAGACUAUCAUUAGCGGUGGAGGAAGUGGCCUCUCAGCCGUGAGUGGCAGUGUCCGCAGUGUGCAUGUGUAUCUGGAUAUGGCAAACCACUCCUUUACGCUCCCGAAUGGAACAGUUGCUCAGACGUGCCCGGCUGCCAUGGGUUUCUCGUUCGCCGGCGGAACCACUGAUGGUCCUGGAGCGUUCGACUUCAUCCAGGGUGAUAACUCGACAUCCCAGAACCCGUUGUGGGAGAUUGUCAAAUCCGCGGUAACGCCCAUCCCGAGCGCAGCCCAGGUCGCGUGUCAGUUCCCCAAGCCGAUCCUGCUGAACACUGGGUACGCCACGUUCCCGUAUGCCUGGUCCCCCAGCACGGUGGACAUCCAGAUGCUCAAGGUCGGGAACGUCGUCAUGGCGAUUAUUCCUGGCGAGUUGACCACCAUGUCCGGCCGUCGCCUUCGUGCUGCCAUUCGCUCCCAGCUCAUCUCGUCCGGUGUUCUCGGGGAAGAUGCAUAUGUGAUCAUCUCUGGCCCGGCGAAUACGUACGCGCAUUACAUCGCUACCCCGGAGGAGUACAACGUGCAGCGCUACGAGGGAGCCUCUACCAUCUUCGGUCGCAACACUCUGCCCGCGUACAUUGACAAGUUCACCUCGCUCGUUCCGUGGCUUGCCGACAAAGCGCCCAGCGCCGCUCCCGUGUCCGAUGCCGCUCCGCCCGAGCUUCAGUCAAAGGCGCUCUCGCUCCAGACCGGCGUCGUCUUUGAUGGCACACCGAUCGGAAAGCAUUUCGGUGACGUGCAGACGGACGUUCUCAGCACCCCCUAUCACGCAGGUGAUACCGCUCACGCGCUCUUCGUCGGCGCUAACCCAAGGAACAACCUGCGUCUCGAGCAAACGUUCCUCUACGUCGAUCAGUUCUCGAGCGGCGCCUGGAAACCUGUCCGGUCUGACUCUCAUCCAUCCACCAUCUACCAAUGGGCCCGUGUCAACACUUUGACUGGCACCAGCACCGUGAACAUUUCAUGGACCAUGGAAAGCGGAACCCCAGCGGGGACGUACCGAUUCAGAUACUUCGGGGACUCGAAGGCUGCCUUCACUGGCACGAUCUCGCCGUUUGUUGGAACAAGCGGAAACUUUACCGUCGCAUGAUUCAAGACGACUCCAGGUCUCUUAUGUUCUAUCCUCGGAAUGAACUCAGGAUCUUAUUUACUUCUCAUCCAUCCUUGCCAUUCAAAUGUUUUUCUGAGUGAACAUUUAUGAUAUCCGAUCUGAUCCGCAGCUGAUGUCAAUCCUCCCGCGGACCGCGGAUGCAAAUGUUUACCGAAAUGGAAGUGAUGUUCAACCUUGUUCCUACAGCCGAAA